GACUUCCACGGUCAACGCAUCGCCGAAAUCCUGUCGACCGCUCUUUUGAUCUUCUCGGGUGUCAUCGCUUUUCUAGUCGGAUACAUUCAUCAAGACAUCCAUCUUACACUCUGGGUUGGUUUGGCGGGUACGGUUAUAACAGGAUUGGCUGUCAUUCCUCCAUGGCCUGUGUUCAAUAGGAACCCGGAAAGAUGGUUUGUCCCCGUGGCUGGAAUCGCUGCCGGGGUCACGGUAGAUGGGGUAAAGGUUGCAUGA